AUGCAAAACAGCUGGCACAUUCCCGCCAAAGCUGGUUCUUUUGAUAGCUGGAAUGAAAUAUUUCUCUCCACCUCCAUCAGCAGCAGACUUUUCCCCUCUUCUCCUCAGGUAUUUUGUUUCGUGACUCGGCAGGAUGAGCAGCACGUUGUGACCCUCGCCGAGGUGCUAGAGGCCAGAGGAGGACCGCUGGAGGAGGACGAGGUCUGGUCCCUCCUGCUGGGCUCCGCUGAAUCACUCGUAGAUCUUUCCUAUAAAGGUCACAAUAUCUGCAACAUUAUAACUCCUGCAUCACUGCUGCUGUCCGCCACUGGGACACUGGCGUUAAGAACCUGUGCGAUGACAGAUGAGGUGUGUGCCUUCACCGCCCCGGAGAUGCUGCAAGGCCGUACCAUCUCCACCAAGCUCGCCAUGGAGAAGUUAAUCGUGUAUUCUCUUGGUAUGACUCUAUACUGGUCAGUUGAUUAUCAUCUCCCUCAAAACCAGCCCAUUCAGCUCAGUGACUCUCUGAAUUGCCUUCUGCUGAGCAUGUGUGAGGACAUGGCCCAUCGGCGAACAAACCUCAACUCUAUCCUGGAGGUGUGCGAAUCACACCACAAAGCAUCUCUCCUGCCGCCUCCUAAUAAAGUCAUCAAACAGUUGGUGGAGGAUGUCCUUCAAGAAUCUAUGAACGGAGCUGCAGGAGAGACUCGCAGACUGUCUCUGGACUCUGAGCCAAAGCAAGGAAUAUUUCAUCACCAGAAAACCUGGUCUCUCAAAAGCAGACCUAGUCAGACCACAUCAUAUCAGAGCACAUCAAGAAAUCCUCUGGGUCUUCCCAACAGACGAAGCACAAGUUUUUGGUCCCGAAGUUCCUGCCUAAGCUCUCCAAACAAAGGUGAAGUCCGACCUUCCAGUCCCUAUACUGUGAGUGAGUCUGCAGUCAGUCUGUCCCAAAGAAAAGCUAAGAGUCUUGGACCUGAGUUUUCCAGAAUGAAUGAUGAGCCUCAAAUCGUUUUAGAGCUUCCGGGAUCUAUAGUGUCGAAGAAAGGCAAGUCAGGUCUGUCUCAGAGGGAAGUUAACGUGAUCAUGCCAAAUGAACAGUGUGCAGUGAAAUGUGACAUCAAGUCCCGAGGGAGAGAUGUGUUCGACAUGGUUGUGGCGCACGCUAACCUUGUGGAGCAUUUUUACUUUGGCCUUGCUUUCAUUGAUGAUGGUGAAUUUUUCUUCUUGGACCCCGAGACAAAAAUCUCAAAGGUUGCCCCAGAUUACUGGAAGAAAGUGGCUUCUGCGACAUUUACACUUUAUCUUCGUGUCAGAUUUUUUCCCUGAUGACAUCUCCUACAUACUGUAUGUAAUUUUCUGCUGUUUAAAUUUACUCGACACCAAUACUAUCUCCAGUUGAGGAAAGACAUUCUGGCGGACAGAGUGCACUGUAAUGAGGAGACAGCGCUGUUUCUCGCUGCGCUGGCACUACAGGCUGAGUUUGGAGAUUAUAUGGCUGAAGUUUACGGGAAGAAUUAUUUACAGACGGAGCAGUACGUCUCUAAGGAGGUCAUAGAGAAAGUGGCCUUGCCCUGUUUGAGAGAAGAAUUGCCAAGGUUACAUGCCAAUAAUGCCCAGAUGCUUCCAGAGGAGGCGGAGACAGAGUUCUUAAAGAUUGCACAGCAGCUACCAGAGUAUGGGGUGCUGUUUCACAGAGUUGCCCGUGAAAGGAAACCUAUUAUUGGAGAGCUGGUUUUGGGAAUUUGUGCCAAAGGAAUUUCGGUUUAUGAAGUCAAGAAUAAUUCUCGGCUGUUAAGCCGAAGAUUUCACUGGACAGAAACUGACAGUCUCUCAACAAGUAGACGAAAAUUUACCAUUGAGUGCAGCCCAAGUGGAAAGAAGCACUCGUUUGUGACGGAGAGCUCGAAAAUUGCCCAGUACCUCCUGAACCUGUGCUCGGCCCAACACAAGUUUCACAGUGAGAUGACCUCACGCAGCUGACCUACUGUUUAGCUUCAGAUGACAGCAUAGCAAAAUAUACAAUCCAUAUGCCGUGCUCGACACGAGCAGAUAAAGAGGCUGUCCUGCUCAGAGAUUGUGCUCAAUAAUAUCGGUUCGAAUGGACUACCAAGUGACUCUAUAAGCAAGUCUUGCGAUGACUUGUCGGCGAAGAUUGGAGUUCGGAUCCAGCAACACAAUGAACCCACUAGAAACCUUCAGUCCCCCAGUCUAUCGCAUCAUGUCCAAUGUCUCUUGCAAAAGCAGGACUCAGAGGUUCAUUCCACUACCUCAUCUAUAAGAGUGGACACACCCACAAGAACAACCCCAGAGAGAGAAAUCCUCUGUGUCACUUUAAAAAGGAUGCCAAACUUGGCUAUGGUAAGUUUCGUAAUAGUCGGGGAGGACAACACAGAGUUAGAUCUUGGAAUUUUUAUUGCAUCCAUCAUUCGAGGUCCAGCUGAUAAGGAUGGGAGAAUUAGACCAGGUGGUCGGCUGAUCUCGUUGAAUAAGAUCAGUCUUGAAGGGGUGACGUUUAAUGUAGCAGCUGCCAUACUCCAGAACAGCCCAGAAGAAGUGGAACUUAUAGUGUCUCAACCCAAACAGGAUCUUCGGGGCAGCAAGACUUCACUGGCUCCAAGUAAUUUAGGGAUGAUGCUAGAAAGAAGCUUUGGCUCCCAAAGCACCCUGAGUGCCGAGUACAGACCAGUGAUGGAGGAGCUGGAGGAGACCCUCUCCAACAUCAUGGCCCCUAAAAUCAACAAACGGAUGCACAUACCUGUGGUCCGCAUUCUGGAUAUUCAGGACGAGAUGUCUAACAGUCGUUCUGGCUUCAGUUCGAAACCAGGUGCAAUAAUCUACAUGGAGCUCCGAAAGGAUCAACGGCAGUUUUGGGAAUCAGUGUUUGCUGUGAGGGGGAUCAACACUAAUGUACAUCACGGAGGAAUCUACAUCAGCGUGAUAGCAGGAGGAGCGGCAGAUCAAGAUGGAAGAAUACAGAUAGGUGACAGGCUGCUGGAGGUGGACGGAUGUAACCGUGCCGUCACACACAGGCAGGCGGUGGAGGAGUGCCUGAAGAGAACCGGAGAGGUGGUGAGUCUGGUUCUGGAGCGAGAGCCUCCGGUGGUCCUGGACACUUCCAGCGCCUCGUCCACAUUGGAGAGACGAAGAUCUCCUUCACCCCUCAGUGCCCCCCUGAGGAGAGAUGUGCCCCUCCAAACGCCCUUGUCUGUCAGGACCAAGGACUUCAGAUUUGUGUCAGAUGAAAAUAUCCUGGAGGUGACGCUGCAGAAGAGUUUCAGUGGCCUGGGCUUCAGCUUCCUCAUGUCUGAGCUGGGUCCUGAAGGGCAAAACAUUGUGCAGAUCAAGAGUCUGUCCUCUGGUCAUCCUGCAGGAGAUUGUGGCCUUCUGAAGGAGGGAGACAUAAUCCUUGCUGUCAAUGGAGAACCUGUCAGAGACCUUUCCUAUGAGGAGGUUCUGCAUCUCCUCCAAAAAUCUCCAUCUGAGAUCAGACUGUCAAUCUGCAGGCCUUCACAGGAUGAACAUACAAAUAUUGACACCUUUCUGGUUCCAACCCGUGAACUGAGAUCCAGAUCCCUCGACCUACAAGUGAGGUCUGUGGCUCCAGACUUCAGUGAGCUCCUCUUGAGGCGGGCGAUAGAGAUGGGGCUUAAGAAAGAAGCUUCACCUGAGGAAAUCCAGGAGAAUGAGCUGCUGGAUACCGAUAAAUCAAUUCCUCCACCUCUACCUCCACGUCCAUCUUCUGCUGAAGGUGGAGAAAGAAAACCUCAUGUCAUUCUGGUGGAGGAGUAUGAGAAGAAAGACCUGCCUCCUCCUCCGACUCCUCCCCCAACACCAGGCAUUCUUAAAGGGUCAACAACCAACACUGCUUUAAGCCCAGCAGCACCUAAAACGGCAAUUACAGCCCAUCAGAAAGAGUCACUAGAACCAACUGUCUCUGGAAGCAACCAUGUCUCAGCAUGUACCAGUCAUGUGAAUGAUGAAGGAGUGGAAGAGAACGUGAUAAGUUUCACAGCUGAUGGUCUGACCGUCACUGCUGGCGAAGAAUACCUGACCAUCAGCACCACGGCUCCAUCUCCCCCGAGCAGCAGCACUGCAGUCUCCAUUGAAGCUCCUCCUCCUGUACCUGCACUUUCUCCAUCACUGCUGAACACACCUCCUACAUACCAGCAAGCCAUUCAAGCAGCAUCUCCAGCAGAGCCUCCUGCCAAACCUAGCAACAACGGCUGGGAUGAUGAUGACGAAGAGGAUGAUGAAGAUCCCAGAAGGGACGUGUUCAAGGAGUUUGAACUGACCGUCUCACUGACCAAAUCCUGGUGUGGAAGCUUCGGUUUUACAAUAACCAGGAGUAAAUUGGACAACUGCUAUUAUGUCCAGGAUGUCCUGGAUAAUCCAGCCAAAGCAGAUGGCAGGCUGAGGGCAGGAGACAGGCUUAUCAUGGUGAAUGGUCAUAAUGUGACCAGCGUGACAGAUGACGUGGCAAUAAGCAUCCUCAGGUGCUCCUCCAAAAGACUGCACAUGGUGCUGGGCAGAGCUGUGCAAAAUCUGCUCCCUCCACCACCUCCUGACACCCUCCAGGACAUCAUCAUUUCCAAGACUCCAUCUGGACAACUGGGUAUUAAGCUAACAGGAGGAAUUGGAAGCAAACGGCAAGGAAUUUAUGUGCAGGAGGUGGUGCUGAGCUCUCCUGCUAGCGAGGAGGGCACCAUUCAGCCCAAUGACAAGAUUGUUUACAUAUGUGGGAGAUGUACUCUGGGAAUGACGCUGGAGGAUGCUGUGAAAGUGUGUGAGAGCUCCCCACGCAAAGUCAGAUUCAAAGCCAUGAGAGAUGAUCAACCAGUGAUACCACGAGAUAAAUGGAAUGGUUUGUUUGAAUGGAAAGAGAAGAAAGGUUUCCCUCACCUGGAGGAGCCCAUGUCACCUGACGUGCAUUCAGCUCUUGCAGACGUUAAAGCAGUCGCUGACAGUGCCAUGUCGUUCAGGAAGAGGCUGUCGGUCACAGCGGAGCAGGAGAGCUGUAUCCUGCAGGUGGAGUUCACCAAGCCUGAUCGUGGUGGGCUGGGCUUUGCACUAGUGGGCGGAGUCAAUGGCAGCACACUGAGAGUGAAGGACAUAUGCUGUGGGGGCGUGGCUGAGCAGGAUGGUCGUCUUCGAGUGGGUGACAUUCUUCUGGAGGUUAAUGGCAUCAUUGUAUCAGGACUGAGCCAUAGUAAAGUUGUGGAUAUUUUGAGGAAGGCAGAGGGCUCAGUUCAGCUGACAGUGUGUAGGGACAUCCUGCCCAUGUCAGCCUGCUCUGCUUCCAACUACCCCGCUGAGGCCCAUGGGAAUUUCAACACACUGAAUUCUGCAGCACAAACUGAAGCACAUCCAGAUCACGUGUCUUUCCACUCAGACUGUCCUGAAUGUGAGCAGGAAAGUCGAAACUGUACACCUACCUGUCAGAGGUGUUGUCCGUCUCUGGGAGUCACAGACAUGCUACAAGAAAAGUGGAAAAAUCGCAGGAAAAUCAGCCUUGCAUGAUAACAGGCCCCGGAACGUAGCAAUGUGGUCAAGGUCUCUGCUCAUUCCUGCCCCG